AUGACUGCGACGAGUAUUAAGAUUUUAGUAAUUAACCCAAACUCCACUAAGGAGAUGACUAAAUCUAUUGAAUUUGAAAUCAACACACUGCAUAUCUCGCAGUGUGUGGAAAUCGAUUAUUACACUGGACCUACACAUACAAGAAAAGCAGCACCUCCUUCUAUAAACAACAACGAAGAUGCAGAACAGUCUACACAAGCAUGCUUACAAGACUUUCAAGAAAAUCCAAAAUAUCUAGAAUAUGAUGGAUAUCUGAUUGCAUGUUAUAGUGAUCACCCACUAGUUUAUCAACUCCCUAAACUAUUGUCUUCUCAAAGGGUAGUUAUGGGCAUAUUCCAAGCAUCGAUGCUGUAUUCCAUGCAAUAUGCCACAAGUGGGUGUAAAACGGCCAUUCUAACAUCUUCCAUCGCAUGGGAAAAAUUGUUAGACGAUGCUAUAAUCAAAUACUGUGGUAACGUGGAUGUGUUUCCAGAUGCACGAUUCAAUCACUCACUUGCUUGUAAUAUCCCGGUAUUAGAGUUACACCAUGAGAAACACUUCCCUGUCAUCCAAAAUAAAAUCACACAACUACAAAAUAAUAAUGUUGGAAUCAUUUUAUUAGGAUGCGCAGGCCUAAGCUGUCUGCACCAGAAAAUGAAGAGAUUUGCCCCUAAUAUCAAGUUUGUUGAUUCUGUUAAAGUUGGUAUCAAACUUCUUAUAGCCUACGUUGAUAUUGGUGAAACUUAG